AUGGAGGACCCUCUUGUUCUUGGACGUAUAAUAGGAGAAGUUUUGGAUCCCUUUACGAGUUCUGUGACUCUGAGGGUUGUUUACAAGAAUAACUCAGAUGUUAUCAAUAGUUGUGAGUUCAAACCUUCUCAGAUUGUGAACAAACCAACAGUUCAUGUUGGUGGAGAUGACCUAAGAGUUCUUUACACUCUGAUAAUGGUGAACCCUGAUGCUCCUAGCCCAAGUCACCCAUGUCUGAAGGAAUAUUUGCAUUGGUUGGUAACCAAUAUUCCAGCUACUACGACAGCAACGUUUGGACAUGAGAUCGUGGAGUAUGAAAGUCCACGACCAACGACGGGGAUUCAUCGUAUUGUUUUUGUGUUGUUUCGUCAAUUGGGUAGACAAAUUGUGCAUGCUCCGAGAUGGCGCCACAAGUUCAACACCAGAGAUUUUGCUGAGGUUUACAACCUGGGAUUACCAGUUGCUGCUGUGUAUUUCAACUGUCAACGUGAAAGUGGUUGGGGUGGCAGAAGAGCUUAA